AUGACAGCCUGCUAUUAUGCAUUUCAAGUGAAUGACUCUAUUCAGAGGUCUUCCACUUCACACAGAUUUGAUCAUUUCAAGACCUUAGUCUCUUCUCCUUUCAAGGUACCUCUGGGGGCACUAGUCCCCUUUAUUGCACCUGCAUGCAUGCAUGCUGCUACUGGCAAUGGGUUAGGUCGUUCGGGGAUCAUACUGGACCCAAAGUCAGAGAUGGAAGAAGCUGUUCUUGUUACCAAUACUGUGGAAGGAAGGAUUCCAUAUGAUUUUCCAGAUGGUGUUUACAUAACAAAUGGCCCAAACCCUCUCUUUGGAGGAUUAAAAUCGACAGUUUCUAUAUUUGGAAGAUCAAGUCACACAUGGAUAGAAGGAGAAGGAAUGCUUCAUGCUUUAUAUUUCAAUAAAGAUAGUGAUGGUAGCUGGACUAUCUACUACAACAGCAGGCAGGUUCAGAUAGACACUUUCAAAUUAGAACAAGAAAGAAACAAACCAACUUUUCUUCCUGCAAUUGAACGAGACUCGGCCAUUUUGUCAGCUUAUCCGCUAAAUUUGUUGAGACUUGGCAAAGUAAACAAAUAUCUCAGCAAUACCAAUGUUUUCGAGCAUUCAGGAAAAUUUUACUCAAUUUCUAAGAAUCAUAUCCCACAAGAGAUCAACAUUUUCACACUAGAAACUUUAGCUGAUGGAAUGAAAUUAAUUCAUAGAGUAGAUCUCAAACCCAAUCAGUGUAGCCUGUGCCUUGACAUGGGGGUUACACAGAGGUUGAUUAGGUAUGACAAGAAAGGAUAUGUCAAGAUUGGAGUGAUGCCUCGCUAUGGUGAUGCAGAUUCCAUCCAGUGGUUUGAAGUGGACCCAAGUAGUGUGUUUCACAUUGUCAAUUGUUUUGAGAACGGUGAUAAGAGCUCAAGGAUCAGUAUACCAGGACCUAAUCUAGGCUUGAACAAAUAUGAGUGGUUCUCUAGAGGUUUUAAGCAUGUAAAUUUAGUUGAAGAUACUAGUGAUGGCAGGGGCAAAUAUGGAGGUCUAGCCAAGCUAUACUUUGAAGAACCAGAGCAUGGGGUUUAUUUGGAACUAACGAUAAAGACCGAGUACCAUAGCUCUCCAGAGAACACAUUUUGCUUAGGAGCCACUUUUGUCCCUAAAGUUGGAGGUCUUGAAGAAGAUGAUGGUUUUACAGAUCUGUUUACUCAUUACUUGCAGGUUUACGUAGUCGACACCAAAAAUUUUUCGAGUGAGCCAGUUGCAAAAAUUACUCUACCAAGUAGAGUUCCAUAUGGUUUUCAUGGAGCUUUCAUGUCAACGCGUUCAUAA